CCAUGUGGUCUAGUGGUGAAAAAUGUGUUUCAGUUGCUGACGUGUUUUAGUAUUAAUUUUGUCAAUUUUUUUCCAUCAGUUUUUUUUUAAAUCAAUUUUUUUACUUUUAAAUUUCAAUCAUUAUGGACGCAAUACAAGACUUAGAAGAAGAACUACGCGAGGCAUCAUGUGUCGGCGACACGGAAUCUCUAAAAACUUUGGUUGAAGUGAAGCAUGUUAAUGUCAAUUCACAAAACAAAAUAAACGGAUGGACAGCUUUGCACUGGGGAGCAAAACGAAACCAUGCUGCUGUUGUGUCUUAUCUCACUGAGCAUGGGGCAGACAAAACUGUUCUCAACAAAGAUGGUUGUCAAGCAAGUCAGCUGACUAGUAACAAAGACAUUCUGAAGAUUUUAGGAAUAGAUCCAGAAACGGUGGAGACAAAACACAGCUCCCUGCCAAUAACUGCCAGCUACUUGUCACACCCCGAGUUUCCGCAUAGCCGAAAGAACGAUGUCGCUUUUCAACAGAGAGAACCGACGCACAGUUUCACUCAUCCAGCAACAAGCAGAGUGCCAGACAAUGAAGUAGUCUUCAAAGCAAGAAUAGCGAACUCUGACGAGAAGGAUUUCAUCGAGGUGGAACUAAACCGAGACAUGCUGACGUUUGACGCACUCUUCAAGCUGCUGUGCUCGGAGCUGCGUGUGGACGGGAAGCUUGUGUGUAAGGUGCGCAAACUGCCUGACACGAUCGUGCGGAAGGACAAGGACGUGCGGCGACUCACCGACAUGCAGGAGCUGGAGCUCGUACUGUCCAACAAGGCCAUCAGCGCUUCGUCGAGAAACUACAACUUCUGCCCAAACAUCAAGAGUGAACAGAUCCUCUACUGACGCAAAACAAACCCCACAUGUACAGUUGUUGAAGUCAUAAAGUUCCGAGAUUAAUGUGCGUUUGUGAGCAUGCGAUCCAUCCCCCCAAGUUCAAAUGAGUGAAUGGAUAAGGUGGAGUAUGAAGCUUCGAGAUUAAGAUGGGUUUGUGAGUGUGCGAUCCAUCCCCCCCCCCCAAGUUCAAAUAAGUGAAUGGAUAAGGUGGAGUAUGAAGUUCCGAGAUUAAUGUGCGUUUGUGAGUGUGCGAUCCAUCCCCCCCCCCCCCCCCCCCCCAAUCGAAAAGAGUAGUCCAUGAAGUGGCGACAGCGGGUUUCCUAUCUCAAUAUCUGUGUGGUCCUUAAUUGUAUGUCUGAUGCCAUAUAACCGUAAAUAAAAUAUGUUGAGUGCAUCGUUAAAUAAAACAUUCUUUCGUUCUCAUGGGCUACUCCUACUGAAAAAGCAGCAAAUGAUCUUUCUUUAAAUGCAGUAUCCAAUAGACAGUACAGUAAAUACCAUUACCUUUGAUGUACGACGACUACCAGUCAUAGGGCAUCGAUAGGGACUGGAAAAAACCCUGAAUAUAUAAAUGGUGAUCUAUCUUGCAGUCUUACGCAAGUGUAGUACCACAGAGCUACUCUCCGACUCUGGUUUAAUAGUUGUUGAAUCAAGAGGGAAAUGAAUCAGUGUGAGAGUUAGAAAAUAAAAUCUUAAGCGGUGGAAAUGUGUGUGUAUGUGAGUAGUGUGCUGGUGUUUUCGAUUUAAAAAUUAAUACAAUUAUGGGGGGGGGGGGGGAGCACAUGAUUGUCAUCAAGUUGGUAUGGUUGGGUGGGAGGAAUGUCACAGAUUACUGACAUGUUUUUGUGUCUUGUAUUUUUUAAUUAGUUUACUUGUAAAAAAAAAAAAAAAAUUAUCUUGAUAUUUUAUUAGUGUAUUUGUAAAAAUGUGUUUUUUAAUAUAUUGAAAUACAUAUGUAUCUGCUACUUUUCUACAAGCUUAUUGUAAAUCAGUGACAGCAUAAUAAAGUAUUAAUAAUC